AUGGCUCAAAUAUAUGCGCAGCAAGCUAAAGUAGUUGGUGCAUCUCCAGAUAGCGAGCUUAUCUCAGCGAAAAGUGUGAGUGGACAAGAAAAUGUGCAAAAUAAAGUUGAUAAUGAAGAGAAGCAAAACCGAAGUCAGAAUUCGGAUGUUUCUGAUGAGGAAGCCGGUGAAGACUUGCCUUCGAAUCCUGCGAUAGCACCAGCAUCAAUGUGGAAUCGUCAAGAUAUUGUAGAAUUCAAGACUACUAUCCGAAAAGAAGGUAGUGAGGGCAUCAUCAAAGUUGGACAUGGUGAAACAGUAACGGUCCGCGUACCAACUCAUGAGGAGGGCAGUUGUUUGUUCUGGGAAUUUGCAACCGAUCAUUACGAUAUUGGUUUCGGUGUCCUUUUUGAAUGGACGAUUUCUCAAACAAAUCAUGUUUCAGUUCAUGUAUCGGAAUCGUCCGAUGAAGAAGCAGACGAAGAGUUAUUACAGGUAGAACUAAGGACCAGUGAUGUGGAAAGUGGUAGUUCUGUAAGAGAGAAGCAGAUGGAUCAGAACAAACCACACAUUGAUGAAAUUGUUCCCAUUUAUCGACGUGAUUGUCAUGAGGAGGUGUACGCUGGUAGUCACGUAUAUCCAGGACGGGGUGUAUACUUGUUGAAGUUCGACAAUUCAUAUUCUUUAUGGCGGUCCAAAACGUUGUAUUAUCGAGUGUAUUACAGUAACUAA